UCGAGGCAAAGAAUGUUCGGGAGCAGAAGUCGGCAGAACCAGAGGGUUUUCCAAGGCUGAGCAAGACGAGCGCUGAAAAUAUUCAGCCAAGCAGGCAGGUUGCGGAGGCUGAGAAGAGGUUUGCAGUCGUCAAAAAGGAGCUUACGCAGGCCAACGAGAAGAACGAGACGGAGCAGAAGAAGGUUUUGGGGCUCCAGCAGGAAAUGACGCGGCUUCAGCAGGAGAGUGCGGAGACGAAGAAGAGUUUGGAGACGCAGCUUCAGUCGGUGAUGAAGCAAACGAUAUACGCAAAAUGGAAGUCGAGCGGGUUAGCAAAGAGCUAGAGAAAGAGAGAGCCUUGCGAAAGGAGGAGCACGCUUUGAUGGACGUUCGCAUGCGGGAGCUGCAGGACGCACGGGCAUAUCUGACCACGGAAGACACGAUCUCUGGAGAGGAAAUCAAAGGGAUGACCGAAGCACUCAAUACGGAAAUUUACCAGGUCGCAGCCCUUAUGGUGGAUACAUUGGAUUUCGACGCGAAGGUUUCGGAAGAUAGAGAGGCUCAAGCGGUUGCGGCGCGUUGUAUUGGAGAGCACCUGGUAAGGGCGUUGUCUGGUGGAGAGCCAAAGGAUGAUUCGGAGGAGGAAACGAGACAUCUGGCAACGUUGGCUGCAAUCCAGGCAUCCCUCGUCGAAUCUUGCUCCUCCAUGAUCAAUGCUUGGGCUCUAUCCCCGGAAGUGAGCGACCACUUCGCUCGUCUUUAUGCGAAUAUUCGACACACAUGUACGCCAGCAGUUGCUGGUCGUUGGAGAGUCAUGACGCGAGCUAGGUGCAAGUAUCUUGGAUCAGAUACGGAGGUGGAGGAGUAUCUGACACGUGUCCUCCUGGGAAACCUGGUCCCUGUCUUGGUCGUCGCCGGGUGGAAGCCGUUCCCAGUCAUGCAGAUAGAAAAUGCAAUAAGCGCCUUGGGGCAGAGAUUCGGAACGAGAAUGGUGCAGGUAGGGAAGAAGCUAGUACGUUUGGAUAAGGCGAUGGGCGAGGGAAUAAUCUCCAAGGACGCCGCAAUAGGAUGGAUUCCUGGGGGGGCACCUUUCGAUCCCAAUAUCAUGGAGAAUGCCUUCGGGAAAAGCUCAGGAAUUUCAGCGGAAGAUUUCGUCCUGUCAACGUGCGACCUUGGACUGAUGUUAUCGCAGGUUAUCAAGGAUCGGGAAGGGGCGGGAUCCGAUGCAAAGGCGGAGAGCCAAAUUUUACUGAAACCCAAGGUCGUCCUCUAUAGCUCACUUUCAGAGCACAAAUGAAGGUCCGUGUCGUCAGGAUUAUUAUAGGCAGUCUCCUC